GAAGAGAGCUCAGCCUCCUGAACUUUUUCCCAUGAAGGGAUAUUUCUACAGUGACUGUGGGAGAGACUGGGGCCAAGACUUCAACAAUAGCCCAGAGGAUAAAUGUUAUUUUAGCGGAUUGUGACUAAGAGAUACAGUAGUCUAUAUCUUAUAUUCUAUGUUAAAGCACAGCUUAAAGUACGUGUUCAGAGAUGAUGUUAAUAUGACACUCACGCUUUUAAAAACAGAGGAUCAACUGGUAUUAGUAUUGUGAGCUGUACUUGGACACGUUCGACCAUUAUCUGAGGGUUGCUGUAGAGGUUUGGAUCACCGUGCGGGUUUGUGCCAACCUGCUGUGGUAACGUCAUUGUCACUCAGUCCAAUCACGCCCGAAGCUGAUAGUGGAGCGUUUUCCAUGCGUUCUGGGCAAAUCCAGCGGUGAAUGAAUUAAUGAAUCGAACGGGACGAAGCCAGCCGGAGUCUUUUCACUUGAGCUCAAGACCGUUCCGUUGUGCGGGGGGGAAAUGUUUGUCUGUACGGGUACAGUAUUUAGGCGACAGGGGUUUGUUUAUCCUAGAAUGGAAUGACGGGGUUAAUAUCGCAUCAUCUGGACGACUACACAGAGUUGAAUUUAAAAAAAAUCUAAAUCAUUGUUCUUCUACAUUAUUCUUCUGCCAAAGACGAAUUUUUCUGAUUUCUUCUGCACCCAGAGAUGGUGUCUCCAGAAUAUGCCCUCAGGACGGCAGCGCUAUGACCUUGAACCUGAACUCGUCCAGCUCUUCCCCCUCUGUAGACCCCGGUAUGUACCUGAACAACAGCUCCCCAGGGUUGAGGGUCUACGCCGACAACGCCAUCCUGGGCCUGGGCCUUGUGCUGGACAACGACUCCAUUACCAGGGACCUCACCAACCUGACCAGCCUGUCCAACGCCUCCCUCCUUGACCCCGCGGUGACCUAUGACCCUCUGGGAGGUCACACCAUCUGGCAGGUCAUCCUGAUCGUGUUGCUCACCGGGUCUCUGUCUCUGGUCACCGUCGUAGGAAACAUCCUGGUGCUCAUCUCCUUCAAGGUGAACAAGCAGCUGAAGACGGUGAAUAACUACUAUCUCCUCAGUCUGGCCUUUGCUGACCUCAUCAUCGGGACUCUUUCCAUGAACCUCUACACUACCUACAUUAUCAUGGACCAAUGGGCUUUAGGGAACUGGGCGUGUGACCUGUGGUUGGCUAUCGACUAUGUGGCGAGCAACGCCUCCGUCAUGAACCUUCUGGUGAUCAGCUUCGACCGCUACUUCUCCAUAACUCGACCUCUGACUUACCGGGCCAAGAGGACCACCAAGAGAGCUCUGACUAUGAUCAGCAUGGCCUGGUCCGUGUCCUUCAUCCUGUGGGCCCCGGCUAUACUCUUCUGGCAGUACAUCGUAGGGGAGCGCACUGUGCCUCCUGGAGAAUGCUUUAUUCAGUUUCUCUCAGAGCCUAUUAUCACAUUCUGCACAGCCAUCGCUGCCUUCUACCUACCGGUUACCAUCAUGACGGUUCUCUACUGGAGGAUCUACAGAGAGACAGAGAACAGGCAGAAGGACCUGGCGGGGUUGAGGGGGUCUGGGGCAGGGAACAAGGCGGGCCAGGGGGGUAGCCAGAAGGAUGAGGAGAAGAAGGAGGAGGCCCAGGAAGAGGAGGCUCCCAUGAUGCCCAAAACAGGAAGCUCCAGGAGCUGCAGCAGUUACGAGCUUAACCAGGCCGGUCAGAAAGACUCUGGAGCCAAGAAGACCCGAGGGCGCUUCCGGUUCUGGCCGUUGAGUAGGUGGUCCAAGAAGAAGACAAUCACAGUGGGAGGAGAGCCGGAACACAGCAGCUCCGAUAGCUGGAACAACAACGAUGGGGGCGGGGCCUCCAUGGACCAAUCAGACUCUGAGGACGAGGAGGGGGCGACGGAGUCAAGCCGAGCUAUCUAUUCCAUCGUGGUCAACCUGCCGGGGAUAAACUCCGCCCCUGGUAACAACCCUAACAACGACCCCCAGCUGACAUCUCCAGAGGACCAGGAUGCUACGAAGGACCCUCUCCGGCCACAAGGGGGCGAUAAUAAGGACAAGAAGACAUCCUCUAAUACCAGAAGGGAGAAAGACAAGGAAGACAACAGCUACCACCAACGCUCCUUCUCUAAAACCCCUGUCACUUCCUCGUCUUCCAUCCAGACCUCCACCAAGAGCCACCAAACAGGGGAUGUGUCGUCCACCUCCAAGUCCCCCUCCUCGGCCCCCAUCUCCUUGAAGGAUGCAGCCAUGGCCAAGCGCUUGGCCUCCAAAGCCAAGACCCAGAUCACCAAGCGUAAGAAGCAGAGUGUAGUCAAGGAGAAGAAAGAGAAGAAAGCCGCCCAGACUCUCAGUGCCAUCCUGUUGGCUUUCAUCAUAACCUGGACUCCCUAUAACAUUAUGGUGUUGGUCAACACCUUCUGUACUGGCUGCAUCCCUGAGGCUCUGUGGGCUCUGGGCUAUUGGCUGUGUUACGUCAACAGCACCAUCAACCCCAUGUGUUACGCCAUGUGCAACCUCACCUUCAGGAACACCUUCAAGAUGAUUCUGCUCUGCCGUUGGCAGGACAUCAACAAACGCAACAAGCCUCAGUUCCAGCAGAGGCAGACGGUCGCCUUCCGCAAGAAGGAGCCCUUGCAGGUGUAAUCUACUGGGGCCCUGGGUCAGCUGUAUAGGGCUCUGUCGGGCCUCUCUGGGAUGAUUUAUAUUAACAGGACAGUUGGCCAGGGAGAUGGACUG